GUGUUAUUGCCGAGAGAGAGAGAGAGAGUGAGAGAGAGAGAGGAGAAAAUAAAUCCAACCAUGGCCGAACAACUAUUUCCGGGAUUGGAGCGACCUUUGCCGCAGCUUCCCUCCCUGCCCUACACUCUAUUCGCCUAUCGCGAGGAGCUGCGUCGUCGCGACGCUCCGUUCAUGAAGAUGUCCACAAUCAAGCUGCAUCUCACCGAUAAUCUGAUAUUGCAAACGAUUAAGAACAUACGACAAUUGGAUACCAUAGAGAUAAUGAAUCUCAAUCGCGAGAUCGCCUUCAAGCGCAAUCUGACCAAGCAGAUGCGAAAAGUGCGCAAGCUGGAGAAGAUGGGCCUCAAUGUCGAUCCUCGCCAGCUAACCCAAGUGCAGUGGGACUAAAACUAAGCGAACAGCAACAGAAAACUGUGUAAAACAUAUCAAAACAUACU